AUGGAUGAUGGUAAUAUGACAAUCGAGGAGCAAGUUGCUAUAUUUAUAAACAUAUUAGCACACCACACUAAGAAUAGGACUAUCCAAGGUUGUCUAGAAGCAAUAGAUGAAACUUAUAUUGAAGUAACUGUACCAGAGUCUGAUAAACCAAGAUAUCGAACAAGAAAGGGACAUACUGCGACCAAUGUAUUAGGUGUGUGCACUCGUGAUCUAAAAUUUGUCUACGUUUUAGCCAGUUGGGAAGGUUCAGCUAUCGACUCCAGAGUUCUACGAGAUACAGUUACUAGACAAAAUGAAUUGAAAGUCACACCUGAUAAUUACUAUUUGGCGGAUGCAGGAUAUAUCAAUGGUGAAGGUUUUUUGGCACCAUAUAGGGGCACUAGAACAUACAUAACCAUUGAUCCUCAUGAAAAUUCAACAAUCACUAUUGAAGAUAUGCCUAUUGGGGAAGACCACUCUUUACCAUCAGAGUCCAUUGAUGUCGUUGAGGCAAGUGACGAGUGGUCUCAGUGCAGAGAUGAUUUAGCCGAAGAGAUGUUUGAAUCUUGGAUGUUAAACCAUAAUUGA